AUGCGUUUAUUAGCGUUUUGCACACUUUUAUUGGUGGUCAUUGGUAUGGCUGCGAUUGGUUUACUUCGGUUUCGAGUUUUUUUUGGUGAUCAGCCUUCAGUCGACGAACUUCUCGAUUUGGCAAUACAAGCUGAAACAUUAAAUCUUGUUCAAGCGCAGAAUCAUAUUUCUUUCGGUGGGAAUAAAUUGGAACUUUACGAAGAAGAAUCAAGGACUGUACGACGUGUGCUACAACCCGCAAUUGCUGUUCUUCUGAUCUUCUUGGCUUAUGUGUUAGUUGGUGCCGUUUUGCUGUAUCUCAUAGUGGAUCCAACAAAUUCCCUGGUAACAGAUAUCUUUGCGAAUUACUUCUACGUCUCUACGAUAAGUUCACCUCAAUGGAUCUAUUUGAACAAUCCGGAUAUCUGGCAAUUGCUAUUCUUGGUCGGUAAUGCAUUCUUCGGCAAUAUCCUCGUGUGUGCGGCGAAUGUGAAUAUUGCAAGUGUAACGUUGUACUAUCUCAACGCUAUCAUCUCAGCACGAUCUACUAAAAGACAAUUACAAAAAGAAAAUUGCAGCAGUCUAAUUCAUUCCUAA